AGCUCCGCGCAGUCUCCCUGCAUCCCCAGCAUCCCUGCGCAGUGAAUCAGACUGAUCGACCCACCGAGGCGGACUGAGCGGACCGACGCUGCUCCGUCAGCGGACACAUGAAGGCUUCCUUCCCCCGGGCCAGAGGCGUGUUUUCGGUGAUUCCUCCCUGCUGGUUUCCCUCCUUUAUGGAUGUGAAGUAACAGCGGGCGGCAGCGAGUCGGUUCCUCCUCCAUCUCUGCGCUUCUUUCGGCCAGGAUCCAAGCCUCCUCUGAACCACAAAAUGGCGGACAUCAUCGAGCUGGGACCCGCCUACGCCAUGUCCCCGGUGUUGGCGGGCUUCCUUGGAGCUGGUGUCCUGGUUCUGGUGGUGGUGGUUCUGGUCCUGCUGUGGUCGUUCUGUCAGCGCCGGUACCUCCGGGUUACCGGGCGCUACAAGCUGCACGGCGACCGAUACUGCGACGCAGAGGACCCCCCGUACAAAUUCAUCCACAUGCUGAAGGGGAUCAGCAUUUACCCAGAAUCCCUCAGCGGCAGCAAGCGGAUCGUCCGUGGAAUCCGCCGCGCCGACCGGUCGGAGCGUGACGGCGAGCGCGGCGGUUCGGCCGGCGGCGCGGCGGGCCGAGGAAUGGUCCUGGUGGACGCAGAGAACAACAUCCUGGACGUCCCGGGCCAGCUGCAGAUGAGUCACCUGGUCCCGCCCUCCGGGUCGGGCCCCGCCCACAGCCAGGCCCGGCUGGAGAGGGCGCUGCCGGUUCGCGCCGACUACUGCUGCCUGGACAGCAGCUCGGCCGCCAGCAGCCAGACCAGCAGCAAGACGGCGUCGCCCUUCACCCCCGCCUCCUCCGAACCGGAACCAGAACUAGAACCCAACCUGGGCUCCAUCAGCCUCAGCGUCGACUACAACUUCCCCAAGAAGGCGCUGGUGGUGACGGUGGUGGGGGCCCGGGGCCUCCCCGCCGUGGACGAGCAGGCCGGCAGCUCGGACCCCUACGUGAAGAUGACCAUCCUGCCGGAGAAGAAGCACCGCGUCAAGACCCGCGUGCUGAGGAAGACGCUGGACCCCAUCUUCGACGAGACCUUCACCUUCUACGGCGUGGCCUACAGCGCGCUGCCCGACCUCACGCUGCACUUCCUGGUGCUCAGCUUCGACCGCUUCGCCCGCGAUGACGUCAUCGGAGAGGCCGUGGUCCCGCUGAAGGGCGUGGACCCGAGCACCGGCCGGGUCCACCUGAGCCAGCAGAUCACCAAGAGGAACAUGCAGUGUGAGAGUCGUGGCGAGCUGCUGGCCUCGCUGUCCUACCAGCCCGUGUCCCACCGCCUCAGCGUGGUCGUCCUGAAGGCCAGACAUCUGCCCAAGAUGGACAUGACGGGCCUGUCAGCCAAUCCGUACGUGAAGGUGAACGUUUUCUACGGCCGUAAGCGCAUCGCCAAGAAGAAGACGCACGUGAAGAAAUGCACGUUGAACCCGGUCUUCAACGAGUCCUUCAUCUACGACAUCCCGCCCGAACUGCUGCCCGACGUCUCCGUGGAGUUCCUGGUGGUGGACUUCGACCGGACCACCAAGAACGAGGUCCUGGGCCGCCUGCUGCUGGGCCUGCACAGCCCCUGCCCCUCUGGCGCCUCCCACUGGCGGGAGGUGUGUGAAAACCCGCGCAGGCAGAUCUCCAAGUGGCACAACCUGAGCGACUUCUGAGGAAGAGGAGGAGGAGGAAGCAACUGAGACUCUACCAGUGAUCCCUACUGGGAAACAAAGACUCAGUGUACAGCUCUCACACACACACACACACACACACACACACACACACACACACACACACGUAACCAGAUGUGCAACACACACACCGCUGUGAUGAUAGUCCAACUCUCCGUCUCUUUUAUCUCUUUGCCACCAAAACGUUUUGCAAGUUUAAGAAAAAAUCCUGCAGUUUCAUUUGAAAAGAAAAGAGGGCGGGUCCAACGCGAUUUAAAAAGAAGAAGAAGAAACGGCUCCCCUCAUCCUGCAGCUCGCUGCAUGUCUGUGAAGCUCCGAGCUGCAGAGAUCCUCCGACGUUGCGACGCUCCACUGCGCAGAGAAAACUCCCUCUGUUUUCAGCAUGCUCCCCGCCUGCGACGGUCCGGGUUCUGUCCCGCUCCAGAACUUUCCCAGAAUCCUAAAGAUGCUGGGUUUCAUCCCGGCCGCGUCCCAGCCCCAAAGUGCUGCAGCGAAAACCUGCGGACUGAUCCCAGCUGAUGUAACAUACCUGAUUUAUCCUGGAGGCUGAAGCCGAGGCCAGAUGUUCCACUCAACAUCUUCAACCAAAAUCACUCGGAUCUGCUUGUGAUCCUUGUUUUAACUGUUUCAGUCCCACAGCUUCUUCCUGAUUCACACUGAAUCAUCAGAUCCUCACAUACUUUCUCUCUAAUUAUGAGUUUAUUACAAAUUUUCUGCAAAAGAAAAUCAUCAUAAACAUUGGGUUUAAGUGAUGCUAACUCCCACCUGCAGGGGGCGGUGUUUCUUACUCAAUGUCAGGUUAAGGAUAAGACGAGUCAGAAAAAUCCCGUUUUUAAAGUUCUUUAACGGAUACAGGUGUUUCCGUGUGCGAUCUGUUUGCUUCCUAUUGGGUUUUUUCUUCUAUAUGUAGUUUUUGGAAGGAAAAAAA